AUGUCUUCAUUGGGAGACUAUCUAGCUAAAUACAGCAUUGGGAAAGAGAAUAAAAAGAGUAAAAAGCGGAAACAUAGGGGUGAAUAUGAGUUAGCAAAUCAUGAAGUGGACAGCGCAAGUUUGUACGAAGAUGAAGACGCAAAAAUUGUUGUUGAAAAGAAAAGGAAGGCGAAAUCAGGAUGGAGAGUUGUUAGAACUGAGGAGACGGUUGAAGUUGAACCAAAGAUUUUAGAGGAUGGCACAUUUGCCGGUUUGCAAACACGUGAGGAAGCAGAGAAGAGCCGAAAAUUGAAAGAUGAAAAGCUGCGAAGAGAGCAAAAAGAGUUGGAAAACGCUCAUAAAACGGCUCCAAAUGAAACUGUGUACAGAGACCUUACGGGCAGAAAGCUGAAUGCCGAUUCCGAAGAAUUGAAAGCGCCUAUAAGUGCUGAAGAACGAGCAAAGAAGGAUAAAAUAGAGAAACGAAAAGAGCUGGAAAAGAUUAACAGAAGUGAGACUGAAGUGGUAAGAAAGCUUGAAGAAUUGGCAAAACUCGAUAAAGUGGAGCAUGAGGGUCUAAAUGUGUAUGAGAAUGAUGAGAAAGUGAAUGAAGUGGAAAAGAGAGAGACAAAAAGAGAUGAUCCAGCUUUGAUGUUUGAUAAGAAGCUCCGUAGAGAUUUUAGCAAAGGUGGAAGCAGGAAAUAUGUUAGUAUUACAGGGAGAAAAUUGUACAAAAAUGGAUUUCCGGCCAACCGUUUCAACAUCCGUCCGGGAUGGAGGUGGGAUGGAGUAGAUAGAAGUAACGGAUUUGAAAAACGGUGGUUUGAAAAACAAGCCGAAAUAAAAGAUGGUAAACAGAUGAAAUACGCGCAGGAAUGA